CGAACCACAGAGACCCCAUCACUGACCUUCCUCUCUCUCUCUCGGUUUUGCUUUUCUCUCCAUCUCUCUCUCUGCUUUUCUCGUAUGGCUGCUGACGUGAGCUCUCUCUUACGGAUACUGAGUAGCUACAAAGACGAUCGGACGGUGGCAAAAGAUUCCGCCGGAUCAAGAUCGACGGUUGCGCUUAUGACACGCGAUCUCCUCGGAGGCAGCGGCUGUGUGGGUGGAGGAGGAGACGAUAAGUCCCUGGAGCUUGACCUUGACGUCCAAGUCCCUACCGGUUGGGAAAAACGUCUCGACUUAAAGUCAGGGAAAAUUUAUGUGCAACAAUGCAAUCCAACAAGCUCGGCUUCAUCGACUCAUCAUCAUCACCAAACAGUUCCGAGGUUUCAAGAUUUAAAUUUUCCGCCGAUUCCGGGUAAAUCUCCGGCGAAACCAUUGUUAAGCCUCUUCGACGAGGACGACGACGCAAGCCUCGAACUGAAGCUAGUCCCCUCCUCUCUCUCUCCUCCUCCUUCGUCUUCUUCUCCGUCGCUGUCGUAUCUAUCGAGUGUUUGCACACUGGACAAAGUGAAAUCGGCUUUGGAGAGGGCGGAGAAAGACAUAACAAAGAAACGCCAAUCGCCAGAGGAAAACAGCGUUUGCGAUCAAACCGCGGAGACGUCACAGGUGGCGGCUGGGUGUCCAGAGUGCUUAUCGUACGUUUUCGUGGCCAAGAACAAUCCGAAAUGCCCGAGGUGUCAUUCGUUUGUUCCUUUGCCUGCCUUGAAGAAGCCUAAGAUUGAUCUCAACAUCUCCAUCUGAAUACUCAAACUUGCGACAUUAUUGAAUGGUUCUUAUGUUGUAGGUUCGAUUUCUGUAAAUGAGAAUAGAUAAAAUCAGGGGUUUCAUUGGAAAGAAAUUGAAUGCGAAAAUAGGAUGAUGUGGGUGUUUUUUUUUUUUUUUUUUUUUUUUUGUAUAUUGUUGUUCUUAAUUGGAAUUUCUGAUAAAUAGUUUAUCUUAUUUUAUAAAAAGUCAAUCUAAAGUCUAAA